AGAGGCUACACGUCGGGAAUGUACGAUCUGAAACGAGCUGCUUCAGGAACUUUUCGUCGUACGAGUCGGUGGAAUUGCCUAACUGACAAUUGAAGAAAUUUGCCUCUAGUGAAAGAAGAUGACAGAAUACUACGAUAUUUUAGAAGUUCCAAAGAGUGCAAGCGAACAAGAAAUCAAGAAGGCGUAUCGCAAAUUAGCUCUUAAGUGGCAUCCCGAUAAAAAUCCAGACAACAAGGAAGAGGCAGAAGAAAAAUUCAAAUUGAUAUCAGAGGCGUAUGAUGUUCUAUCAGACAAAGAAAAAAGAAGAACUUAUGACAAGCAUGGCAAGGAAGGUUUAGCAGGUGGUGGUGGAGGAGGAAGGCCGAGUGGUGGAGGAUUUAGCGAUUUCCACACUUUCCAUUUCCGUGAUCCAGAUGAGAUAUUUAGAGAUUUCUUCCGGAAUGAUUCAUCCAUUUUUGAAGAGUUCUUUGGGAGAAACAGAAGCAGAAAUCAAAACAGGAUGAGACCGAGAGACCCUUUUGCAGGCAUCUCCACUUUCGGCUCAAGUUUUGGGUUUAGUGAUGGAUUUGGCAGCGAUCCUUUUGGAUCAAACAGCUUUUCAUCUUUUCAAAGUUUUGGUGGAGGUGGUGGAUUUGGUGGUGGAUUUGGUGGUGGAGGAAAUUUUAAAUCCACCUCCACAUCAACAAAAGUUGUUAAUGGAAAAACUAUCACAACAAAAAAAACUGUUGAAAAUGGAAAAGAAACUGUUGAAGAAUGGGAAGACAACAUCUUAAAGAGAAGAGUGGUGGAUGGAACUUUACAGCUUACAAACUGAGACAUGUUUGCUUAAUACGAGCGUUAACUAUCAGAGUUAUGAAACAGGAGCCGCUGAGAAUUUUUUUUUCGCUGCAUAGAGUAGAAUGACAAGCGAUAAAAUAAAUACCCUUAUGUCCAUUUAAGUUAUUAAACGUAUUGUGAAAUAUUUUUGUAUGGAAAAUGGUAGCAUGCAAGGUAACGAAUCUGUCAAAAUGUGCUUUAUGUUUCUAAACUAGUACUUUUACUCGCAUAGAUGUAUCUGAACAGCUGCCUAAUUUUGAGUCGUUCAAUUGAAAGCUUAUCGUGUAGUACUGUCUGUGAGAGCCCUAAUUUGGUUUUUUGGUCGUGGUUCUCUUUGUAGGAAAUGAGUACUUGGUUGAAAUGACAAUGUUCAUGGCAUUUUGAGGAUAAUUUAGCUCAGCUGAGUAGUAUACAAUUAGCGCUUUUAUUAAGUAGCUAAUUUUGCUUAUAAAAGGAGCAAUCAGUAUCCGUAGUCAGGUAUACGACUCUCUCCUCUGUCAAACUGUAUUUGAACAUUACAAUAUUGAAUACACUA